AUGUUACCGGUGAAGAAGAUCGGCGGAGCUGUUGGUGAUGUUAUGUAUGUGAAGGUGAGGUUUCUUUUUGAAAUGCAGUUAGUAAAUGAGAGGGAAGGUGAAGAGGAACUGAAGAAGAGGAUGAAGAGGAUAUCCACGGCCAUCUUCAUGUCAGAUCAAUUCAUUGUUACAGCAGAAAAUGCCAAGGGUCGUCGCAACUCCCGCAAUCUGCAGCUGUACGCGCACGUCAAAUUUCAAGGGUUUCGUUUGCCAACUAUAAUUGAUUUCCCUUCACAUCGAUUCUACUCUAGAGUUGUCCAUGCUCUCAUCUGUGCUGAAAGAACAAGGUAUAUCGUGAGAAGGAAGAAAGUGAUUUCAGCUACCAGGCAUGAUGCUUGCCUCAAAAAGACAGACCAGAGCAGAGAGGUUUUGCCUGUUGGUGUUAGGUUGUCCAAAGUAACAGAAAGAGAAGAGAAGGAAGAGAGGGAGUAA